AUGAAUGCUUAUCAACUUUUUAAAGACAUUCCAGAUGAAACAACAGCUGUGAAAUACCUUCAAAAACGCGGCUUAAUUCCUAAAACAAAGGAAUGCGAAAAUGGCCAUGAAAUAAAACUUUCUUUCGGCGCAGAGGUUGAUGAAACCCUCUUUGCCAGAAGGAAGAAUGCUGGGACAGCAGUGGUGCUUUGGAGAAAUUUGCAGGGAGACCAAAAAGUGUUUCGUGGAUUCUGUGGCAAAAAAGACUUCAAAAACGUUGAUGGAGGUGCUAAAGAGAAUGGUUCACCCAGAAACCCUUAUUAUCUCGGAUAUGUGGAGGGAAUAAUCUCAAAUAGGUGCUUUUGGGUAUGA